AUGACUCGAUCCUCUAGAUUCCUUGGAACGGCGGCGGCGCCGCCACCGCCGGCAGAAAUCCUCGCCGCGGAAACCGACAUGGUUGUGAUUCUCUCAGCUCUUCUCUGCGCUCUCAUAUGUGUAGCCGGCUUGGCUGCUGUAGCUCGCUGUGCCUGGCUCCGCCGUCUCACCGGCGUUAAUUCCUCCGCCGUAGGAGAAUCUCCGCCGCCGAACAAAGGCCUCAAGAAAAAAGCACUUCAGUCUCUCCCUAAAUCCACCUUCACCGCCGCAACCUCCACCUCCACCGCUGAUUCGCCGUGUUCCUCCUCCGGAGACGGAGAUUCCUCCACAGAGUGUGCCAUAUGCUUAACCGAAUUUUCCGACGGCGAAGAAAUCAGGAUCUUACCGCUCUGUAGCCACGCCUUCCACGUGGCGUGUAUUGACAAAUGGUUGACUUCUCGGUCGUCGUGUCCUUCUUGCCGUCGGAUUUUGGUUCCGGUGAAGUGUGAUCGGUGUGGUCACCACGCUUCCACGGCGGAGACUCAGAUCAAAGAUCAGCCUCCUCCUCAUCAGCAUCCUGCACAGUUCACUUCCGCCAUUAUUCCUGCUUUUCUUCCUUAA